AUGGAGUCCCACAGGACUUCGGUCGUCCUCCGGGACAUGGAUAGCCCGAAAAAGGAAACACUGCUGCGGGUGUCCCCGGCAGAGUUGAGAUUCCAGGACGCCCUGGCCCGGAGGGUGUAUCGUCUUCCGAUUACUGUACAUAAUCUCAGUCGUGGUAACCUGAAGAUCAGGUUUCAUGAGCCAGUUAAACCACAGUUCAAACUAGCCAUGACUGAUUUGGAUAAGUCACUUGCUCCUGGUCUUCAGAUGACAGUUAUGGUGGAAUAUCAUCCUGAUAAAGAUGUAGAUGUUUAUGGUGUACUACUUAUUUCCACAGGAGAUAAAAAAGUUGAAAUUCCCCUCACUGGACUGAUCCCAUGCUGUGAAUUACAUAUGGUAUCAGAAAUCAAUUUUGGAAAAUUGGUUUCUAAUAAUAAAGUACAUUCUAGAGAAAUUCGUCUUACUAAUCAUGGAUUACUUCCAGGUCAAUAUGAAGCAAAAUAUGAAGGAGAGUUACCCAUUGUUAUUUCUCCAACUAGUAGCAUUGUGAAUCCUAGGUCAUCAAUUGCUAUUAAAAUUGAUUUCUGUGCAGACCAGCCAGGAGUUGUUAAUGAAGUUAUAAGUGUGAGUUUACAAGAUCAACCAAAGACGCUCUUAACUAUAAAAGCUAAUGUGGUCUCACAGAUCAUCGAACUAUUAAGCAUAAAUCAUAACACAAGAUUGGAUUCUUUACGCUUCGGUCCUGUCUACUUCGGAACGGCAAAAAUUGAGCAGGCAUUUCUACAUAAUAACAGUUCAGAACCCUUGAAUUGGGUGGCCAUAAUGCACGAUGAUUCUAUCGGAGCAGAAGUGGGAACAAAUAUUCACCAAAGAACAGAUGUUACGAUAAGUAAUCUCAAUUACGUUUGCAAGCUCAAGAACAUGGAUAUUUCGGCAUUUAUUUCUUGUAUACCAAAUGAAGGAAGGUUAUUGCCUUAUCAAAAGACUAUGAUUACAUUCUGUUUCAAUCCGAAGUUAAUCAUAGAUGGCAAGAAGAUUACUGACCCCUCCCACAGACAGGACUAUGCUGUAUUUUUGAGAUUUGAAUCUUUAGGAAGUAAAGAAGGAUUUUUGAGAGAUGACUACUGUAGAAGCAAAUGUGAAAAAUCUCACAGAGCGGAAUUAGCGGUGACAGGCUCAGGACUUCCUGUGUUACUAGAUUUUGACACAGGGAAGGUCUUUAAUUUUUCAUCUUGUUACCUGGGUGAACGUUCAGAUAUUAUGUGUGUUAUGCAAAAUCAGUCCAGAUUACUUCCUGUAACAUACCGCUUUAAAAGGACUGCACAUUUUAAAGUUAACCCAGAAAAGGGUAAGAUCAAUGAAGGAUGUAUCCAGAAUCUAACAUGUUCAUUCAUUCCACAUCAAAUCGGAAUAUUUCAAGUGAAGCAAAUUAUAGAAAUUAUUGGCCCUGUGGCAGAUAGAGGUUUACAGUCUACAUCAUUGAAAGUUUUCCAUCAUCUAGCUUUAGAAUUCAAUGGUGUCUGUCAUUCUACUACUAAAAAAGUUGUGAUGGAAGUUAAUACUGGUAUAUCCCCUUUGGUCAGUAACCCUACGGGGCAUUUUGUGGCCAAAGAUGCAGCAAAUCACAAGGACUAUCCACGUGCUGCAGUACUUCAGUCAAAACCUUCACAUUCUGGUGACCCUCAAUCAGAUAAAGAGCCAUCAAAGACUUCGCUACUAGCUUUUCCGAAUGACAGAGCUGGAAGUAUCAGACCUGCAGAGCAGGAUAAAGAGUUCAGGACAAUUUUCACAAAGACUCCAAGAUAUACCUAUUUGGAUCCUGAGUAUGAAUAUACUGAUAACGAAAAAAUGGAAAAAGAAAUUCAUAAAAAACAUUAUGUAAACUACAUUGACAAAUUAAGAGACGAUCGUCUACGGAAACAGUCUGAGAGGAAAGCCAUGCUUUCACAGAAUGAUCGUGCAGGAUUAAAAUUACCAUCAACUCAAAAGUCACAUAUGCCCACAAAAGUGAAAACAGAAGCUGGACCAUCUUCAAAAGUGAAAACAAAGGAGUCACAUUCAGUAAAGUCUCUGACUAAAUCUGAUGAGUUGUUAACUACCAGCAAAAUAGCUGUCAGGGAAACAAGGUCUCUAAAAAGAAAGGUUCUCAAAGCAAUUAAAAAGUCCCCUUCAACCCCCCAUGAAAAACGUGAUUGCAAGUUAACUUUGACACCAAAGCAAAUUCAUCAAGUAAUUGUUGGGCCUUCUACUCUAAACUUUGAUCAUGUUUGUGUGAACUCCACAAAUACUCUUUCACUACAUGUCAUUAAUAUGUUAUCUACAUAUAUUUGGGUCCAGUUAAUUAUUGAUGUCAAAGAACUGAAGAAAACCAACCAGUUGUCAUAUGUCAUUCCACCUGUAGCUAGUGCUUCUCUUUUGAUAUCAUUUGAAUCUUCCAACAUUGGAAAUUUUUUGAAGUCUUUCAACUUUACAGUGAACAAUGUAGUCUGUGGACACAUUUUGGUAACAGCAGUUGUCCACCCAGUGAAACUUGAACUGUCUUCCAAUGAACUAAUACUGAGACCACAUGGCUUCUUUAUAAAUUCAUGUUUUAGAGAGACGGUUAGACUAUAUAAUCAUCAUAACUAUUUUGCUGAGUUUGAAUGGCAACCUGUAAACACAAAAAGAGGGAUAACAUUUUCCAUUUGUCCAACUCAAGGUACUGUCGAACCAUAUUCAUGCUUAGAAUGUGAAGUAAAAUGGCAGCCAGGUUAUAACUCCACAGAAAAAGGAGAAUUUAUUCUUCGUGUUCCGGAUGGAAGCACGGAAACCCUGAAAUGCAUUGCACAUGUUGGGAACACCAAGGUCCUGUUUUUAGAGCCAAGAAUACUUUUUAGUAAUAUUGCUCAAGGUUUGACAAGCUGGAGGAAAGCUAUUCUUCAUAAUAUAGGACAAAACCAUGCUUAUUUCAAGGUUAGUGACCAGGAUCUUUUACCCACCGUUAAAAUUUUUCCAUCAGAAGGAAUAAUUCCACUUGGAGGACUAGCUGUUCUCAAUAUCUCCUGUUCACCAACUGUGGCAGAAAAAUUUGAUACGAAGGCAAAGGUUACUAUUCGUCGUUCAAAUGUCAUUGACCUUAGGAUUAGUGGAACUGUUGAUAUUGCGGAUAUCGAAAUUAUUCCAAAUUCAUAUAAAUUCAAUGGUACCUAUGUCGGUACAACCCAGGCAAUUCCAUUUUUAAUAAAAAACAACGGUUUGAUACCUGCCAGAGUAGAGUUUAAUCUUGUAGAAUUUCCUGCAUUUAAAGUUGAAUUUGCAGACAAAUCAGUGGAACAUUCAGACCCUAAAUUCCCUGGUAUAUAUUUUGUGGAAGUAGAAGAAAAAGCAAAUAUGGAAUGUGCUGUAACAUUUUCUCCUAUGGAAGUGAGAACAUUUGAAUUUACCUUUCACAUUUCAAUUAAUUACUUUAAAGCUUCAGAACUUUACUUGGAAUCCUGUUUAUCAGAGUUUCCUCAAUCUCAAAAGACAAUGCCACUCAUUCAGCCAUGUCAUAUCCAGGCUACUGUAUUGCAGUCACCACUAACAUUAUCUAGCACUGAAUUUAUACUUGAAGCCCCACUGCAUGCUUUCGAUUCUAAAGCGAAGGUCACAGAAACUAAGGAUCUAAUCUUAAAUAAUACUUCAAAUAGAGAUGUGAAAUGGAAGCUUGAUGUUACAAAUGCUGAUAAACUCUUUAAAGACAAGAUAUUUCACUUUAGCUCACAGUAUGGUCUCGUUAAAGCACAUCAAGAAUGUUGUAUUUCCAUAAGUUUCAAUCCAAAACGCUCCACAAAAUACACAGCUGACAUCCCUCUGUAUUUAAAUGAUAUUCCAAUUUGCUAUCAAACAUUAUCCCUGAGUGGAGAUAUAAAAUCACCUAAAUUGGUGUUUGACCCUCCAUUUGUAUUUUUUGCUCCUAUUCCUUUGAAUGUAACAACUGUGAUGGAAAUCAAAAUUUUACCUGAAAACUACUACAGAAAUUCAUCUUUACAUGUCCAUACCCCUGCUACAAGACUUCUUGAUGGCGAUGAGAUUUCUCCUUUAUCCGUGGUAUUUCCAAAAGAAAAUGCUGUCACGGGCUCUUCCAAUGGAAUUAAUGACGUGAUAACGUGCCAUCUCAAGUUCAGUUCACCUAAACCUGUGUCAUUUUCCUCCAAUAUUGUUUUUUCUGACUACAGAGAUAGCCAGUUUUCACUACCAGUUAUUGCAAUAGCAGAAAACUGCAUUCUUACUGUUUAUCCAUACAUGGCAACACAUAUUGAUAAGCAAAAAUAUGUUGUAAAGGAUGUUGUAGAUACAGCUCCCAGCGAUCUUCAACUUGUCUCCAUAGAGUCUGGAUUAUUUUCUUCACUGCCUUCUAGAUCUAAUAAUGCUAAUAUUGAAAAUGGAUUAUUUGUUGGAGUGGAAAUGACAGCUGAAAAAUUAAAAUCUAGUGAAAGUGAAACAUCAGAGCAUGAAGAAAAUGUAAUUGUGGAAACAGAAGAGAAAAAUGAACAAUUCUUUUUUCCUGAAGAGGGAACAGCACCCUAUAACUUCUUUGCGGAGGUUAUAAGGGCAACUGAAACUUGGUUCAGUCUCUUCGGCUGGCCAGAAGGACCUCACACACUCUCUAUUCCAGAGACCAUACGAAGGGAUGUAUAUAAACUACAAUUCCAUUCAUCAGCUGUAAAAUCAAAAACAUUUAUAAGACAGAAUGACUUUUCCAAAUAUAACAAAACUAUUUAUGAUGUGAUGUUCAAUUUGACUGGAAAAUUGCUACCUGGAGUUAAUGCAACUCAGUCUUUACCAGUGAAUGACAUUGAAAGGGUGAUUCAGCUUUAUAAUCAACAUACUUCACUUCUUGAAUUUCUCAAUCUUCAAGGAGCAUCUAUUGCUAAUAUAUUGCCAGAAUUUCUACUUGAGCCUGACGAUUAUGUGAUGUGGCUUGAAAUCACAUCUUCCAAAAAGUCUUCCUUGUCUUCAAAGUACUGUAUACCUAGGAAGCGGCAUCCAAUUGUUAUAGAUAAAACUAAGUUUGAAGACUGGAGUAAAAGAGCAUGGACAGAUGUAUUACUUCAGAUAUACAAGGUUUUGGUAUUAUCACGGGUUGUACCAUAUAGUGGCAAAAAUAUACCUUUGAUCCAAGCACAAAAUUCACCAAAAGUCCAAUCUCGUUUAACAUCCAGUAAUAUAUAUUCUAAAAAUGAAAGGACUCUACUUAGUUGGUUGAACACAAAUUAUGAGAAUGGCCGACAUAUUAUAUGGGAAAACAGUGAAGGUAUUAUUCCUCCUGAGAAAUGGAUACUUAAUUUUGACCGUGACCUUUCAGAUGGCCUUGUUUUGGCAGCACAGUUGGGAGUUUAUUGCCCAUAUUUGAAUGAUUCUUUUUUUAUCGAUAUGUAUACACAACCAACACGUUUUGAACAUUAUACACACAAUUGUUUGAUUAUAGUCAGUGCUCUUCAGGAAAUUGGCUUUGAGAUGGAUAUACAAGCUAGUGAUAUCUAUAAACCUAAUCCAAUUCUGAUGCUCAUGCUAUGUGUUUACAUGUAUGAAAGGUUGCCUACAUAUCUCCCGAAGAAGGUGGUGUCUUUUUCUUGUAAUCUGCAUGAGACUGUGCCAGAACAGAUUAUACUGACAAAUCCAAGCUUAAGAAGUGUAGUAUAUAAUGCUUCAAUUAUUGGAAGAGAUGCUUCAAACUUCUUUCUUUCCCAACAUGGGCACACUAUAACAAUUUCUCCAAAAAACAAAGUUGAUAUCACUGUAAAAUUCAACGGUCGCUUUCUCCACCCUGCUGAAGCUUUAUUGCUAUUAAUUUCAAAAGCUGAAAAUAAAAUUGGAGGUAUUACAAUGGCUUUCGCUCUUAGAGGUGAAAUUAACAAUUUUAACAACUAUGAGAUUAUAAACUGCAAAAGUCCAUGUUAUAGAUGGAAGGAAAUCUCUUUGAAGGUUACAAAUCCUUUUAAUGUUGCUGGUCACUUCAAUGUCAUUUUGGUGGAAUCCUCAACAUUCAUUUCUUCGCCCUCUCAAAUAAUUGAAUCAGAACAAUACCUGAGCCAGGUGUAUCAAGGUGAUAAGACCACGAGUACCAAUGAAAACGAUAUUGCUGCAGACUGUUCUCCUUACCCAAGUCCCUUAAGAACUUCAAUUAAUUCCAGUAUCCUCAGAGAAUUCUUUUGUUCUACACCUACUUUUAAACUGGGAUUGAAAGGGGCAAGUCUAGAUCUAUUCUACCUUCCCUUUGGCACCCAUGUUCGUUUUUGUGUCGUCAUUCUCAGCAACAAAGAGAUUGGCGAAUUAAUAUACGUUUUGGAAGGAGAAGGGACCCUUCCUUUACCCACCAGCUUCCUCCCAGUGGAUUAUUCGGGUGAUCGUUACUAUAGUGGAUGUCCAGAGAAAGAAGUAAAUAAGGAUGAUCCAGUUCUAUAUUUGAGCUGUGGUAACCACCAAGUCCUGGAAGUGGACCUUAAAUUCCCACUGACAAAUGAAGCCAAGGAAAAGGCUUUGGCCUUUGCAGCACAGAAACUAAUGUCAGAAACAGAAUAUGAACGAAGAGCUAUCAUCGGCACUUUAGAGAGUAGUAGUGUCCGAGUGGCUGUUGCCCUCCUGGGACUAACUGAAAUCCAGGCUAAUAUGCUCCUUAACCCCUCAAUUUUGAAGAAGCCAGAGUCUAUUCUCUACAAAUUACAACUAAGCCUUCCUACGCAUUAUGUUAUUCCAGAGGAAAUCUACAUUCCCAGCGUUCCACAAACCAGAAGUGAAUGCAAAAUAGUUGCAGAUGAUUUUGUUACAGUUCCUUUACGAUUUACACCUUUUGGUCCUGGACGAUACCCUUGCAGAAUUUUGUUGGCAUCUGCAUAUGAUCUGCGUGUUUAUAGCAUUGAAGGUGUGGUGAAUGACAAACACACAGAAAUCAUAUUUAAUUUUGUAACACCAGCAUUUGAAGCUAUUACCCAAAAUAUUCCAAUACAUAAUGAUACAAAGAAGGAAUGGAAAUGUAAAGUUCAGAUAGAAGGAGAAUGGUUUUAUGGACCUCCUGCUUUUAAUAUUAGAGCAGGAGAAACUUUGCAGUAUCCUCUUACAUUCAAACCUGGAUUAGAAUGUGAAAUUAAGGGAAAGCUUGUUAUAAAAAAUGAAGGAGAUGGUAUGGAACAUAAAUUUCAAAUAAGAGGGGUUGGGAAAAAGCCCAUAGCCUUGGAACACAUCUAUGUGAGCUGUCAAGUGGGAAAUUUGUCAAACAGAACCAUAAUGGUACCGAAUUCUACAAAGGACGUAGUAACAUAUAAGGUAACUACAGAUCUUCAAAUUAUAUGGGGAAAACCAUUGCUCACCAUACCACCUGAUAGUGUAUCUCCGUAUCUUAUACAAAUAAAUCCCUGGAGACGUGGUCUAUAUAAAGGCACAAUUGCAUUUUCCCUUAAAAGCAGAGGAGUAGAUGAUACUGAAGCUGCAGAUAACAAUUGCAUGAAGAAAUUAGAACAAGAAGUAUUCAAUUUGGAUAAAAAAAUCUCAGAUUAUGAUGUUACUUAUUUAAAACUCUGGUAUCAUAUUGAGAUUCGUAGCAAUCCUGCUCCACCUGUAGAAGUUAUGGAAAUGCAAUGCAUAGCUUUGGAGAAUUUUUUCUUUGAGAUACCACUCUCUAAUCCAGAUGAAAAAGAUCUUCACUUAGAUGUGGUUUUAUCAAAUGCUUCCCUUAAUGGAGUUAAUUCAGUUAAACUGGAAGGGGUAUCACGAACCACCUACCUUGUGCAGUAUUCAACAGCUUCUACAGGACUUAAAGAAGAAAGCAUUAUUUUCCUUCCCGAUCACGGUCCAGAAUUCUGGUAUUUACUGAAAUUAUCUGCUGGGUUGCCAAAGCCAAUCGUAAUACCAGAAGUAUAUUGUAACCUUGGAAAGUACACCGCUCAGAUCAUUUCCUUAGUUAACCCAACACAUGAAGUCUUACAAUUGGAAGCAGUAAGCACCAAUCCUGAUAAUUUUGCCCUGUUUAUGACCACACGAAAAGUCACUGUACGUCCUUACUCUAUUGAAGAAGUAUGUAUUAACUUUAGUCCUUCUUCACUUGGAAGAACUGGUCAUCAAAGCUGUAUCAUCUUCAGCUGUCCUCAGAUUAAAGAAUGGAGAUUCUACUUAUCUGGAGUAGGAAUAUUCCCUGAGCCUCUAGAAGUAGAAAGAAUCACUACAUUUCUCCAUCUUCAUGCAUCUAUCAUUCUACCUUUUCAAAAUCCCACCAAUGAAGAUGUUUUAGUCAAUCUCAUACUAACAUUUCCUCGAGAUGCUACUUUGGUUACAAAAAGAAUUCCAUUGCCUCCUAAAGGGAAUCUCAAUAUUCCACUGCUGUUUAUUCCCAACGUUAUGAAAUUACACAAAACAGUAGUCGUUGUUCAACUGACAAAGGCAAAUGGACAAAAUUGGACCAUAGACAAUUUUGAUGAAUUGACCCUAGAGCAAAAAAGGAUGAUAGGUGUAAACACCGGAGAAAUCCAAUCAAUAUACUGGCUGUACCCCAUUCUAGGACUGCCACAGGCAAUACAGCAUAAAACUCCCCAAGUGGUGAUAUCAUGCCAGGCCAGAAAACGGGUAGAAGAGGAGGUAGAAGUUGCCCUAGGUGGUGAAUUUAGGGGACAAAAUCCGAUCUUUGAAUCGAAAGAUUUUACAGUAAACCCAAGAAAGAAUUCAGAAAAUGUUUAUGAAGAUAUCAUUGAAAGCCAAAUAAAACGUGACUUUGAAUAUGAAUUUUUGUUUGAAUCUGAUAUUAUGAAGUCUAAUUUGGAGUCCUGUUUGUCUGCAUACUUAAUAAGAAAAUAUUAUGACUCCAAAACUGAAAAGAUAUUUCUGACUUUCAAUGUGGUGUUUGCACCAAAGAAGCCAUUAAGGACUGAAGUGAUACUGAAUAUCGAGUGCAUAACAGAUGGAAUUUGGAAAUAUCCCAUAACAUUAAUUGCAGAUGAGCCUGAAGUGGAUUAUAUCAUUGAUAUUGAAAGCGUUGGAUUAUUUAAGGAAUCCUUUAUUGACUUCAAGUUGACAAGUCAGACAAGUAAUCCUGAGCCAUUCACUGCAUACUUCCAACCUGGCAGUGACCCUGUGUUUUCUGUAAAACCUGCAAGUGGAAUACUUCUUCCUUAUAACACUGAAGGAACUCUCAUUGUAGUGGGUUUUAAACCUCAGAUGUACAGUAAAAGAUACAAAGCAUUACUGGUAAUACAGACAGCGGAUAUAUACUUGUUAUACGAGGUCAACGGACUACCUCCUAUUACCACACCACCAAUACAUGUAAAACCCAAAGUUGAUUCUACUAACAGGCUGUAUUAUAGCAGGCCUGUUCAACAGCGUAAUUUUCUUCGGGAAAAUACUCGUGUCGUAAGAACAGGGGUAUCCUCUACCAUUAAGGGUAUGCCUUUGAUGUUGAAAAAGAAAUAAAAAAAUCC